AUGACAAUAUAUAAACCCUGUGAAAGGGGGCUGACAGUAGGCAAUUUCUUUUCUGCCUUGAAACAGAAGCCACCAAUGAAGCUCCACACCGCAGCAAUCCUGCUCCUCUUCUGGCUUGGUGUCUUUGCUGUGCACACAGUCACAGGGAGCGCUAGCAGUCAGCCCAUGCGCAAAUUCAGUUGUGUAAAACUGUCUACAAAGCAUUGGAACAUCCGAAAUUUUGUGAACUAUGAAAAGCAACAAGUACCAAUAGAUGCCAUCAUGUUCAUCACUGCAAGAGGUAUCAAGAUCUGUGUAAGUCCUAAUCAGAAAUGGGUUCAGGCUGCUAUAAAGAGAAUAGAUGAAAACCGUCCUGCCAAACGCAAAUAA